AUAUCCUAGACUGGAGUUUUCAAAAUCAUGUUGCUAUAGCCCUUGGAUCUUCUGUAUACAUCUGGAGUGGGGAGAACCACAAUAGGAUCGAAAAUAUAGACUUAAGUCUCGCUUGUAACUAUAUAUCUUCUGUCUCCUGGACAAAAGAGGGAACCUGCCUGGCAGUUGGCACCAGCGAGGGAGAAUUGCAAUUAUGGGAUGUGGUAGCUAAAAAGCGGCUGAGAAACAUGCUUGGUCAUUUGUCAGUAGUUGGAGCCUUGAGCUGGAAUCACUGUAUCCUCAGCAGUGGGUCGAGACUGGGGCGUGUUUAUCAUCAUGAUGUCCGGGUAGCCCAGCAUCAGGUGGGAACACUUCACCACAAGCAAGCUGUGUGUGCUCUGAAGUGGUCGCUGGAUGGCAGGCUGCUUUCCAGCGGCUGUAGUGAUGGAUUGCUGACAAUAUGGCCCCACGAUCCAGGUGCCAAUGUGCAGAGCCAACCACUAAAAGUCAUAACCCAAACUACAGCAGUCAAGGCCAUGGAGUGGUGUCCCUGGCAGUCUGAGGUCCUUGCUGUUGGAGGAGGAAUGAAGGACGGACGCUUACACAUCUUAGACAUAAAUAGUGGGAAAAGCAUCCAGGCCCCAAGCACAAACUCCCAGAUUUGUUCCCUAAUCUGGCUACCUAAGACAAAGGAGAUUGCAACUGGCCAAGGUACUCCUAAGAAUGAUGUGAUCGUGUGGACCUGUCCCGCUCUGUCCAGGUCAGGUGGGUUUUUUGGCCACAGAGGCAGAGUGCUGCACCUGGCUUUGAGUCCAGACCAGACCCGGGUGUUUUCUGCUGCAGCUGAUGGGACAGCCUCUGUAUGGAAUUGCUACCAGUCCUCCAGCCCUUCUAAGCCUCAGCAUGCUCAUUUCUAAGUGAGGACAAUGACAUCGCCUUGUCUUCUCC